AUGGCCAGAGCUCUGCGGAGGCUCAUUCAUCUGGUGCUCUUCUGCCCUAUAUCCAAAGGCCUGCAGAGUCGGCUGCCAUCCGUCAAGGUGAAGUACCUCCUCCUGGCAUGGUUGGGCGUUCUGGUGGCCAGUUGGGUGCUCUACAUGCAGUACGCCUCCUACUCGGAACUGUGCCGUGGACACGUCUGCCGAGCAGUCAUCUGCGACCACUACGGCAGAGGUGUCAUCUCCGGGUCAUCUUGCAAGGCUCUUUGCGAGCAAAAAACGCUGACGCUGGGCCACUGCCUUUCCACCUCCUCUCAACAUCAGGUGUACGGCGGCCACUGGAAGGAGAGGCCGGUUGUAAUCAAGUGCGGCAUUGAGGAGGGGGUCAAAACCGACGGCGGUCCCGAUUCAGUGCACCGACGCAAGAAAAGCUUGUUCGAUAAACCCACGCGUGGAACCUCCAUGGAUGAGUUUAAGGAGAUGCUGCUAAACUUUCUCAAGGCUAAUUUCGGGGAACAGCCAUCCUUGAGCGCCCUGGUAGACAGGAUCAUUUCACUGGCAGAUGUCAACCAGGACAACAAACUGUCCUUGGCGGAGGCCAAGUCCAUCUGGGCCCUCCUUCAUGUCAACGAGUUCCUCCUGAUGGUGGCGUUGCAGGAGAAGGAGCACACUCCCAAGCUCCUGGGCUUCUGCGGGGACCUGUACGUGACCGAGCCAUUGGGUCACACCUCCCUCUACAGGCUGGAGGUGCCGCCCUACAUGCAGGCCCUGGUGCCAGGCGCCCUGGUGUCUGGGCUGAACCACUGGCUGGCCCCGGCCUGGCCCCGGCGGGCCCGCAUCACCAUCGGCCUGCUGGAGUUUGUGGAGGAGGUCUUUCACGGGCCCUACGGCAGCUUCCUAAUCUGCGACGCCAGCCCACGCCACGUGGGCUACAAUGCCAAGUAUGACUGCAAGAUGGCUGACCUGCGCGCCGUGGCCUCGGAAGCUACAGUGCGGACGCACCUGAAGGGACGACGCUGCGAGACCAACGCCGACUGCACGUACGGCCGCGACUGCACAGCCACCUGCGACAGACUGGCAAAGCGCUGCAACGCUGACGUAGUGCAGCCCAACCUGGCCAAGGUAUGUGCACUUCUGCAGGACUUCCUGCUCUUCGGUGCACCGCCCGAGCUGCGAGGUGACCUGGAGCGACAGCUGCGCACCUGCGUCACCCUUAGCGGACUUGCCAGCCAGAUGGAGGUGCACCAUUCGCUAGUCCUCAACAACCUUAAGACACUUCUGUGGAAGAAGAUCUCUAACACGCAGUACUCCUGA